ACAAAGAACUAAAGAAGGAAGAAAAUGGGGGUCGGUGACGAGAGAAAGGAAGACACAACUCGUUAGAUUAUUUGAUCUCUGGUCGUCGUCGUCAUCAUCAUCGUGCUCUUUCUCUCUCUUCAAACUCCCCCAACACUCUCUCUCUCCUCUCAAGGAAACUUUUCUUCUUCACCAAGUCACCUACUUUCGCUCUUUCUAUCCCCUCCUGGAUUUGCCUCAAACGAACCAUGCUUGCCAAUUCAAACACGACAUCAUGGGCUGUGUCUACAGAUAACUUGGAGAGAGGUGCUACAAACUCUAAUAUAAAUGUGGGACAACCUUCUGGCAGCCUCCCAAUGAGAACUUUUUCACAGGGUCCUGUUGCUAUUAUGUGGGACAUUGAGAAUUGCCCGGUUCCAAGUGAUGUCCGCCCUGAAGACGUUGCUGGGAACAUCAGAAUGGCAUUACGGGUUCACCCUGUAAUUCAAGGAGCUGUUACAUUAUUCUCUGCUUAUGGAGACUUUAAUGCGUUUCCGAGGAGAGUUAGAGAAGGGUGCCAAAGGACAGGUGUCAAACUCGUAGAUGUUCCAAAUGGGAGAAAAGAUGCAGCUGAUAAGGCUAUUUUGGUUGACAUGUUCCUUUUCGCCCUUGACAACCCUCCACCUUCUUCAAUCAUGCUGAUUUCAGGGGAUGUGGACUUUGCUCCUGCUCUGCACAUUCUUGGCCAACGUGGAUAUACAGUAAUCCUUGUUAUUCCAUCAGGGGUGGGUGUUUCAUCUGCCUUGUGUAAUGCUGGUAGGUUUGUCUGGGAUUGGCCUAGUGUAGCACGCGGAGAGGGUUUUGUGCCUUUACCAAGACCUAAUAUGGUCCCUCGUGGGGGAACAACUGAUAAUGCUGGAUUUUUGAUGGGUUUCCACAUGAGUGAGAAUAUUGAUGGAAAUGACGAGGAAGCAAUUGUUUAUCGAGGGCUCUCACAGAGCUUUUAUAACUCAAGGGAUUUUACUUUAGUUUCGCAGUCACUAUCUGAGUACAAUGCUAGCACUUCAGCUGGUGUGCCUGUCUAUACCACAUCACUAAGAUCAAAUUCUGUACCUCCUGGCUUGAAUGAAGUUACUGCAGGUUCUAUUGCUAUAAAUGACCAAAAUGAUUCAAAUCGAUGGGUACAAGUACAACCUGGCGAUGUAAACAGUUUGAAGGCGCAGUUAGUAAAAUUGCUUGAAUUGUCUGGUGGAUGUUUACCCCUUGUUCGUGUUCCUGCUGAAUACCAAAAGGAGUUUGGCCGCCCGCUUUAUAUCUCAGAGUAUGGGGCGUGCAAGCUUGUGAAUCUCCUGAAGAAAAUGUCUGAUGUGAUGUCGGUAGAGGGGAAGGGUCAGAAGAAGUUUGUGUACCUUCGGAAUGUGAGGCCAGGCUCUUGUGCUCCAUCACUUCCACUAAAGAGAGAUAAGAAAGGGAAGGGAGUUCAGGAAGAAAGCAUGGAAGUUACUGUUGUUUGUGGCUCAUCUGAUGAGUUUUCUGAUGACGAGAGAAUGGUCAUAGAGGAGCAAGAGCGAAGAAGUGGUGCAGAGAUUCCGACUUUGAGUACAGAUGCACAAUAUGCACAUGAAGACCAGAACUUGUUACAGUUUAAGUAUGAGCUGGAGGAGAUAUUGGUGAGUUAUUCAUGUGGGAUAUUUCUGAGUUUUUUCGAAAAAAUAUACCUGCAAAGGUACAAGAAACCUUUAGACUACCGGAAGUUUGGGGUAAAUACGCUGGAGGAAUUGUUUGAGAAGCUGAGAGAUGUUGUGGUUUUGCAUGAAGACCCAGUGUCCAAAAAGAAAUUCAUAGCUGCUGCUCUUGGUUAACGGCUAUUAACAGCAUUGAUUUAACUUGGCGCCUAGGAUAUGGGAAUGUGAGCUUGUGCCUUGAUGUGGGUCAUCCUCGUGCGUUGAGCUGUUGGCACUUGGGAAGAAAUGUGGAUUCACAUGUAUAUAUUUUUUUUCUGCAUGUGUCCUGCAUGUUGCAAGGUUAUGACGAGGUUUUUUAGUUCAGAGUAACUGGUCAACAUGUUAAUUGCAAUAAGCUUAUGUAUUUAGUUUUAGCAUUCGUUGAAUUGUAAUAUGGAAGGCUCUCAACAGUUGAUACUCAGUGGUGAAUCUUAUUUAUGACAUUAGAAGCAAUGAAGGUGGUUUUAACUGUUAUGCCAUCAGACAACAAGAAUGGAUAGACUACAUUCUUUUCUUUCAUCAUAAAUUAGGGCUCAUCACAGUUUAUAAUCAGUAAAAAUGUUUUCUCUCAUUCGAAGUGGACAAUCGUCUCUGAGCUUUUCCCACAUUAGCAUUCAAUAUCACGGCAUCCCACGAAAGUGAAAGAUGGCAUCUAAUAUGGACUCUGUGGUACCAUGCCUUCAACACUGUCCAUUAGGCUACUAUUGCCUUGUAAUCCAGUUGUGAUUGUUAAGAAUCACUUCUUCACUUGAUUUGCCGACAGUUCUUGAGCUUCUCACUCUUUUUCUCAUUCAUCUUCAUACCUUAUUUAUAACAAGUGGGAGGUGCUGCUGCUGCAAGAUGCAAUGGUCUGUUACUCUUGAACUGAUCCUCUUAUCAGCUCCAGUUUCCUGUUUUUGCUUUUACCUGGAACUAACACAUGCUGAUCUUUAUGAUGGGGUUGUUGACUCUUCGGCAUGCUUUUGCAAAAAAUUAUCGCAAGAUUAAUAUGUCUUAAUUUUGCAUAAUUGCUAUACUCCAUAAAGAAGGCGUGCUUUUCUAAGGAGUAGAAAGUAAUAAGGGAGAGUAAUUUAUAGCUAUGCAGAGAUUUGAUAGCCAAGUCUGUUUUCUCUCCAAUGGUCUUGUGGGUGGAGUCUUAAAUCCUGGCCGCUGGGAUUUGCUUCUUUUUACCCUUGCUUGGUAGAUUUGUAGCAGUUCUUUUCGGUCCUUUUCUAGGAUCUGCUACCCACUCUUUAAAUAAUUCCAUGGGUGAGGAGAUUGACUGAUGCAAGGAGAUUUCACAGAAGGCCAAGUAGUCGAUGGACAACUGCUAAUGGUGAAACAAACCGAAUUUCUGUGCCAAAUUCAAUAGCAGUUUAUUAUUUCUUAAGUGGAGCAUUGUAGCAGUUGUCGGUUGUCGUUUAUCGAACUUCCUCAACGAUUAUCAGCGUGUAAAAAAGUGAGUGUGUGUUUUGCCUAAGCCUAACGACCUGAGGUGUGAAGAGGACUUGAUGAUAGCCUAGUGAAAUGUAUAGAUUUAUUCUUUUAUUAAAUUGAAAAUUGUGAUUCCUAGUGUUUCUUCCUGGUGUGAUAUGAUAAUGUGAUGUCAGUUUAACUCCAAAAUGGACCAAUAACAUCUCUGUUUACCAAGCUGCGGAUCUGUGCCUGUUGCCAUGUUUGCUUUGCAUGACAAUAUUCUUUCCGCAAGCAUACUUUAGACAUUUUAAGUGGUCCUAGUCAGAGGCUAAGGAGAAUGAUAGCAAUCCUUAAUGGUUGGUUGUAGAAGCAGCCUGCCAGAUAACAGGGAUGGAUGAUGUCCUGUUAGAGGGGAGGGGGAGAGUUGGGGGGAAGAGGGAACAAUAUCUCUUACACUUUAUAAAGAAAAAUCUUCAGAUGAUGUAGCUCAUUAUUAGAAACUUAAUGAGUUUAGAGACAUUGGACUAAUUGGAGAAAUUGUGAGGCCUUAGUAAAAGCUAAAUCAUUCAGAGACUUGAUUGAGCUUGUACAGUUGUACUCGGUAGGCUAGUGCCCAAACUGGAUGUGCAAUUGUCACUUUCAUGAUGUUGAACUGUUUGCUGUUAGAGACCUCUUAUUUCGUACGUCGUCUUCUUGUGAGUUCUGUCCACUUUAUUUUUGUAUAUCAUCUGCUGAACAGAUGUAUUGCUCUAAUUCUUGGUAUAUGCAUUGAAUAAAUUGCUAUCAGUAAUCUAAUGCUUCCUAUACCUCAAGGGUUGACAGCUUAUAAUGUGUCUCUGUACCUAUAUCACUUGUCUCCUACCUUAUUACCCUUUUCAGAUUCUGACACAUGUAUGUAGAGUAAGAACAAUUAAAGCAUGUUUGGUUCAGACUGCAAAAAGAAAGGGAAACGAAUGUUUUUAUAUCUGAAUCCUUUUCUUCUAAAGAGGUAUUUAGUUCAAGCAAACAUCCUCAUCUCAGUACCCACUCCUUCAGUGCUUCUCCUUUAUUCGUUGGUCUCUCUUCAGUCUUUUCCCUCCUUUCAGAAUACUCACAGUAGUUUUUACCCCUUUAUUUACCUUUAGAGUUGGUUCCUUCUCUCCUCCAAAGUGGUCUUGACAUGGGUUACUUCUUAUGGCUGCAAACUGGAACGAUUGGGCAUGGUUUUGUUAUAAUUCAACAGCAAUUACAUUGAAAAUUAACAUUCUCAUGGUUGCACCCAUGGAAUUGGGGUAAAAUUGGGAUUUGUGUAUAUUGUUCCAUUAAUUAUGAAAUGCGAGGGAAGGCGGCUGUGUAAACUGCUCUAAUUGGUCUCUCUUUCUCUCUCCUCUGUCAUUAACCGUGUAUAGAAGAUAGUGAUGGUACGGCUGAUGUGGAGGGGUUGGCAGAACUAGAUAAUAAAGUGAUAGGUGGUCUUCUUUUGUUUCCCCUAAGUAACAGUCUCUGUUACCAGUUACCACUGAGGGGAAUGAGGGUAACUAAUCAGAUGAUUCAAAUACCUUCAAGAAACAGAGACUUUGUUUCCUUCCUGUUACCUGAAGCUUAAACCUUUGAACUAAACAUGCUCUAAAUGCUUUUACUCGGCUGUGGGGUAAAGGCAAUUUUUUGAGAAUUGCCAUUAGCGGUUAUAAAUCUGCUGCUGAAGAUACUAGGAUAACUUGUGCUUUAACAAGUGAGCAAAAUUUUGGCUGCCUUUUCCCUUUUUGCCUCAACUUUUUUGUCUUCUUGACUCGCUCUGAUUCUCCUGAAGAAAUGUGCAGGUGUCGAAAUUGUUGUUUGGGAUUCAUCUUGGUGUUAAUGUUCUGCUUCAUUCAACAGAACUUUUGGAAAGGAAAGAAGCAUGCCUCAAUGCAUCUAUUCUGGCAUUUGAUGGAAGAACUAUGUAUCUACUUCAUGUGCUGCUGGGCUUUUGGUAUAUUUGCUGAAGUUGCAGACCUCUCUCUUCUAGUGUAAUUUGGUGUAAGUACAUGGCAGCCUCUUAAACUAUAUGUACGUUGCUGAUGCUACAUGACAGCCUCUUAUACGAGAGUCUUGCGUAUCCGAUCACGGAAGCCACUAUUAAUAUUUCUGUAAUGAAGAGCUUAGCUGAUUGGUGUCGUCAAUUUAUGUGAUAGACUUGCAUUAGAUGGCGUACGAACCAUUUCACGAAAUAUGUGUCUGGAUAAUCCAAAGUCCCAAUAGCUAGCUCUCAGUUUCUAUAGAGGAUCUAGAUUUUUGACUUGUUAUAGAAGUGUCUGAGGCUAGACUUGUUACAUCACCUUUGGAAAAAGAUCAAGUUAAAUCAAGUAGCUGACUGAAAUAUUUGCCCAAAUAUAUCCUUAUUAACUACUCCAUCCGUCACAAAAUAUAGUUUCCAUUUUCAUUU